AUGAAGGACGCAAGCGAUUACACAGGCACGUUCCUGCAGGGGACACAUUUGGAACCAUUUAAAGUAGUUUUGUUUGUUAAUCAUUGGCUUCAGAAGCACUGGGAUCAUGAAACGGUCAUUAAAUGCAUUGGCAUUUCAAAAACAAGUAGCGUAGGUUGGAGUUUUUGUUCAGAAGUAACCCAAAAUUGGUUACAAAAUCAAAAUUCUAUCGGAGGUGCCGGUGUAAUCGUUGAGAUCGACGAAACGCUGCUCGUGCGCCGGAAGUACAACAGAGGGAGGCAACUUAGUCAAGAUUUACCAGAAGUCAAUAUUGUGGAAACCUAUAUAAAUUAUAUCCGUUUUCACAAAUAUGGAUAUCCGAACCUGUUUUACUUUGAAAAAUGGGCACUUGUUGCCAAUGCUGAAGCUAUUUCGAAUUAUUUCUCUUACGCUCUGGUAAGAGACGAGUUGAAACUCUCGGGCAAAACAAUUUGUGACUGGGGAAGUUUUUGCCAUGAAGUACUCAUUGCCUGGUGCUUAAACAGUAGUGCUGAAAAGAUCGGUGGCCCUGGCACAAUUGUAGAGAUAGACGAAUCCAAGUUUGGGAAAAGGAAAUACAAUGUGGGCAGAUUGAUUGAGGGCCAGUGGGUUUUCGGUGGGGUGUGCCGUGAAAGUCGGAUUUUUUUUUUUAUUCCGGUGCCCUCCAGAUAUGCUGAGACCCUUCUAGAAGUUAUUAAAGACCGCAUUAAAGAAGGGACCACAAUCAUUAGUGACUCCUGGAAGGCAUAUAACUGCCUAGAUAAAGAGGGCUUUCAGCACCUGACAGUAAACCAUUCCCACAAUUUCGUGGAUCCCGUCACUGCGGCUCACACCAACACCAUCGAGCGUAAGUGGCGGGAAGCGGCAAAAGUACCGCAUUACGCAGGAGGAAGUAUCAUUUUGUCGUUUAUCUGUGCGAUGUUUCUGAUGAGCAUCCCGGAUUCAAAUCAAAGACUGCAUCGCUUCCUCCUUGCCGCUGCUGAUUUGUACCCUCCUCAGUAAGAUACGUCAUCAUAUCAUAUUCGUUUUUUGUUUUCUUUUGUUUUACACUGCAUAAGAG